GCAGGUUGCAUCGUCGAGAACGUCGACGGCAGCAUGUCACACCUCGGCUACAACGUCUCGUACAAUGACCACUAUGCGCGCCAUCCGUCCUCCUCACCCGUCAUGCACAGGGCCGUCGUCCCCAACUCUAGCACAAGUACAGGCGGUGGUCCCACGCCCUUCAAGGCUCCUGCCCAUAAGCAUGCCCACCAUUUGCACUCCAUACCUCCACGCGAAAAGUCAACGAGGACUCUGAUCAUUGACCAUCUUCUAUGGGUCCAUGCUCGUACACGGUUUGCCCAAGCCCGUGCGGAGUUAGGCAUGACAGACCGCACAGGCGGGCCUACCUCGAGUAACUAUCCGCAUCGUGCGCGUCCAGAGAAUUACGAGGAGGAAGAGGAGAUGUACAGCGACGGUGAGGAUGUUACCCAUCUUCAGGCACGGGCGGGCGGCCCUGGACAUACUCACGGCGAGGAGGAGGACGAGCGAUUUGAUAUGCAGGACCUCACGCUCGCCCGCUCGCUGAGACAGCGGGCGGAAGGCGUAGAGAAGGUAGCGACGUCUAUGCUCGACCAGCCUCCGGAACUCCCACCUAUACACCCGGACGACCUGCUCGAUCCCCCUACUUCUCCCCAGCUGCGUCCCCAAGCACCGCAGCGACAUCCACAUAAGCUACCGAAUGGCGUCCGACUGCGACUGACGGUCGCCACUGUGAUUAAUGACCUAUUCUCUCGGAAAGCACCCACCCCCUACGUCCGCCCCUCCGGCUCUACAUCGUCCGCCCCUCCGCCAGUCUCCACAUUCCCGUCUGCUCUCAUACCGCUAAAUGCUAUUUCAUCUGGUGCCAACCCGGAUUACCGCAGGCUUGUCCCCAAUCAAUACAUCCGUUCCUUGUAUGACAUCGGCGCCGAUCCCGAUACCCAGAAUUCACCACCUUCCCUGCGCUGUCCCCGACAUCUACACAUGGGCUGUGAGAUCUGCGUAGAAGCGAAAGCCCCGCCUCCUCGCAUGGGCCAGAACCGAACACGCGGCACCCAGGGACGAGCAGGAUCUACAACGGGCAGCAGUCCUGGCGAUGCGCCCCCCAGCGGCGUACCCGGGAGCAAUGGGCUUGUAGGUGGGGUGACAGGGUGGCUGGACGGUAGUGGGAUAGGCUCCGGAUUGGCGCGGCCGGGUGAACAGGGUACGCUUCUGCGACGGCCGACGGACGCUCGCGAGGCAGUCUAUGCAACCAACAACGAGGAUGGCACGCCACAAAUGUUCAACACAAAGCUCGCAGAGCUGAUCGUGCGUUUCAUGCGGCUCAGUGCGCUCGUAGCAAUGGAGCUUGGAAGAGAGGCGACGGAAGACAGAGCAUCGGUGGAUGGGGGUGACAGCCGGCGGGACGAGGAGGGAGCUGCGGGUGCCGGGUCAUCCACGGCGGGGCCUUCGCAAACUGGACGUCCCCCGACAUCCCCACAGACAUCUCCACGAACGUUGACACAACGUAAUCUCGCAGAGGCUGGGUUCUACUACUAUGCCCUGCGUCCGUCGCGCGAAUGGUACUACUUGUUCGCUGGUCUCGUCACCCGUGCGGUUUUCGAGGGCUACAUGACAGCCGGGUGGCGCGGCACAGAACCUCUCGAGCUGCUACUAGGUAUCGGCUUGGGCACGAACCUAGACCCAGGCGCUCGCCCACAGAGUGCUGCAAGGUCAAGGGAUGCUACCAAUGGUGCGAAAAAUGCUGAGUCCGACGAAGAAGAGGAGGAAGAGGAGGACGAGUUCGGGGAGUUCGACCCGGAUGAUCUCCCCGACCUCGAUGAGGCGGCGCGUGUGCUGUUCCCGUCACUGAGGGAUUUACUCAACGGUGCGUCCGGAGCACCCCGGAGAGAGGGUGCGGAGCUCGAGUACGAGCUCGAGAUGAGGGAGCGGCUGCAGCGCUUCUAUGACGUUCCACCAUCGACGCCUGACCUGGCGACACACAUGGAAGAUCUUCAGUGGCAGUACCCUGCAGAGGCAGUCGAGCGCGCCGCUGUUCGUUUUUGCGAGGCCAUCGCGCGGUGGCGAGGAAAGCCGGAGCUCGAAACGUACAAAAAGGCACCGUGGAUUGUCAGCCAGCGGGAGCGCAGGGCGAGCGGGACAGCCAUGUCAAUUGACGCUCUUGUGCACUCGAACCCUACCAGCCCCUCGAAUAAUCACGCCACCCCUCCGAACAGGCAGCCGUCUGGACAGCAGUUCAGACCAGAGCCGAGGCAGCGCAAGCCUCCCAUUGAGAAAUACUUCACUCAGCCGCAGUCGCUCAUCAUGCAAAACCGCAAGCGGCGCCGGUCGGAUGAAGAUCGGGGAGAUGAGGGUCGGAGGCUCCCGCCCGCGGUGUUCACUUGAGAUCAAGCGUUGGUAUCAAGGAUUGGGGAACUAGUGAGUUUGUUGUACUAUACGCGUGUUCGACUGCCUGUCUUGUUGUAUAUGCUGUGUGUGACAUUUUGACGAUGUUCAUGUAUAGUAGGAUAUGGUAGAAGACGAUGAUGCCUUUGAUCAAGAUACUCACCUCGCUGCAGCC